CAGUCACCAGGAUGAUCAUAAAGCGUGCGCCUUUGUGGCACAGCAAGCAGUGCGUGCAGCGGCUGUCAUGGCACGCAUUUGAAGUAUUAAAGGAACGGCUCGUCACCGGUUAAUGGCGGACGUAACCUUUCAAGAAUUUCGCUUGAACAAGGAGACCAUCGAAAAAAAAGUCCUACGACAGAUACGAAUCGACUGUAACCGAACGCGUGCUGAACAACCUUCUUCGCACUACAUAUAGCUUACUCAACGUCGCUCAUUCCGGAGGGUGCAUCCCCGCCGUUUGUGUCAAGUUGUCUCCAUCAAGACCCUCUCCACUCCAAUGAUACCACGAAGCCGAUGAAGUCAACACAAUAAAGAGGGUUGUAUCUUCGGGCUGACAGGCGCAACGUUACUCGACCUUUCUAAAAUCUAUCUUACGUCACCCAGAGCCAUGGCAUACACCAUCACGACCCGUGGAAUUGGAUCAAUUAUUUUCUGUAUUUUUGCUGGCGUCAUACUUCGAUACGUAAACAUCCAGGUUGUGAUGAUAAUGUCUUUACUGGUAGCUAGUUUAUGCGUCGCGCUUAACCCGCUUCUCGGCCAAUUGACAUUUUGUCACAUAGCAAUGUUCUUUCUUGGGGGUACUUUUGGCCUUAUAGAAGUCGGUUCCAAUGGCUGGAUCAUAGGAAUUUGGCAAGAAAAAAGCGCAACUGUAUUUCAGUUUUUCAACUUCUGUUUUGGACUGGGCGGUGUUGUGGCACCACUUGUAGCCGAGCCUUUCCUCAGUAAGGUACAUUCAAGGCACACCGUCAUCGAGACCAUCGUCAAUGGAUCUAUAGGUAAUUCUCUGAAAAUUCUGCCCAGUACUGCAGACACAACCGUGUACAUUCCAUACUUGUUACUCGGAAGCCUAAUAUUUGUCAAUACUGCAUUCAUGAUAAUCUCAUAUGCAUUUAGUAGAAGCAACAUUUCGCCUGGAAACUCGACCAGUUCUGAUUCAACGUGCUCACGUAGAUCGGAGCUCAUUAUUGUAGCGGCAUUUAGCGCGUACGUCUUUUUCAUUGUUUCGCUUGAACAAACCUACGUUUCCAUGCUGGCUGUAUACGUGGUUGAAAAUGAGCGCUUGGAUUUCAGCAAGUCCAACAGUGCCUACGUUUCUGCUGUUUUCUGGCUUUUUUUUACUUUGAGUAGGGUAGUUUCGACAUUUGCGUCUCUUUGCAUGCGUCCGAGCAGUAUGUUGAUUGUUUGCCAUUCUAUCUGCCUGUUGGGAGCAACAGCGCUUAUAAUCGCGGGAAAAUGGUCACCAAUUAUUGUGUGGAUCUCCACUGGACUAAUGGGCGCUGGGGUGUCGCCAAUGUUUGCUACUUCUCUUAGUCACGUAAUGCAGUAUAUUCUGUUGUCUCACACGUAUAUGUCACUAGUCAUGCUUUGUGUUUCUGCUGGUGGUAUGAUGUCCCCAAUCUUGGUUGGACCCUACAUCGAAGAAGAACCCUUUGUCUUCUUGUACGUUAAUUUAACACAGGCAAUAAUCGCCACAUUUCUUAUGAUUUUCCUUGUAGUCUUCACGCGAGGAAUACAGAUUCGGCCAGCGAUGAAAAAAAAAUAGCGUAUAAGUGAAAUACUCCUAAUCAAUAGAGCCCGUAGAUUUUUUCGAUGGAAUGAUAUCCAACAAUGACACAAGAAGUCGUGAACAGUCGCCUCACACUUGUAACGCUUGCAUUUUACGACAUAUUGUACAUUUAGUUGGUAGGUAUUUAAAAAGCAAUAUAGCUAUAAUUGUAUCGAAGGAAGUUAUCUGACCUUACCCUAUAGUGUGUAUACAAAACAAGAAGACAUGAGAAAACCAAUUUAUGACAUAUUUAUCUACUUCAAAAAUUUAAAAAGAAGAAUUCAAGGUCCUCUAGAAAUACUCACGUUUCUCUUACAUUUCAUUUCCGUAAAUGUAAAUUAAAAGACCUAUUCUUUUAUUCUAUACUGAAGUAUGGGAUCGAGUCGAAAAGGAUAAUCGAACGAACUGUAAUAGAAUAAAAAUUCAAAGGGAGAUGCAGAAGAAAAUGAAUACGUCGUGCCUUUAGCAGACAUUUUGUAAAAUCGUUCAAAGCUAUUAACGUGGUGUGCUGAUGAUAUAUAUAUAUAUACUGGAAAACAACGCCCGUAAUCUGAAUUUAGAAUCCAAAGUGUAAUCAGUGGGCUGUCUAUUGGAUAAUACAAAACUUAUUAAAUUAUUGUGUUGCGUCAUUUCCUGUAUAAGCCUCGUGCAAUUGAUCUAAAACAAACUGAUGUAGGCAUAAGUGAGAACAAUAAAUAAAGGUUUUUUUUCAAAAAGGUAGGUCCUAUUAUGUUAAGGUUAAUAUCAAGCUUAAAAGGCGUAAGCAAAAAUUGUGACUAAUUACAUAUGAAAAAAUGAUGUUAAAAACGCGUUCAGCAAUAGAUGGUUGCGUGAUCCAAGCUCGAAAAAACAUUAUAUUUUAUUUAAUAGAAAUGUGAGUCUAACUUGCGAACUCGGUGAAAAUAAGCAAGCAAACAAGUUUCCAACAAAGAUAAAAGUUCAUUCACACUUGGACUCGUAAAAAUUUUUUCAAGUGCACCAAUUUUUAAAAUACGAAUUUUUUUACUCCUGAGUCCGUGUUUUUUAUUGCAGUGCAAACUAUUUAUCGUAACGUAAACACCCAGCUUGUAAUGAGAAUAUACGCUCUGAAAGCCAGACUGUGUAUGUAGCAUCGGCCUCACUUCUCGGCCAUCUUAUGUUUUACCACAUAGCGAGGUUUAUCCUAGGAGCUUGUAUUGACCCUUUAGACGCCGAUUUGAGCGGGUGGAUAAUCGGUACGUAGUGUAAAAAUCACAAAGCCGUAAUUUAGUUUCACAACUUUAACUUUGGACUUUGUGGAGUUUUGGCGCCGUUUAUGGUUUAGCCCUUCCUCAGUUUAAUACAUUGAACUUCAGUCAGAAAUCUCUUUCUAUACUUACUUAGCUAGCGAUAACCUAAAUUUUUCACCCAAAAGUCGUCGCGUCCACUAAAUUGCUUAUAUGCCUAACUGCGUCUAACAAAAAAAAGCGACGAUUAUUUCUGUUACGACAGUGUAUGAGUAAAGGCAGUUUGUUCUAUUUAAUAGAACACGUGGCGUUUCACACAAAUUGUGGCGUCAAUAAUUUAUCAUACAUUCGUCGUCACUCUCUUUGACAUUACUGCAUUUUUCAACCAAUUCAUCUAUUACUUUUCGUCGGAAAUCUAUAGGUCUGGUAUUAAAAGAUUCAUUCAACCACUCUGUUUAGAUUGAGACGUAUCAUUUCGCAUUCAAUUCGCCACUAGUAUUUCCCGAUAUAUCACUGAAUUCCCAAUCUAUAGAUCCAUUCAGUCCCACUAAACAUAAACCAGUUUUUUGGGACUGAAAAUAUGUGUAAUUUUUGGCUUAGACGUAUCUUUCGGUGUUACUCAUUACUUUCGCUGCUUCAUAUCGACAUGAAGACACCGUCUGUAAAUACGCUUGGAAUUGACAUUGCACACGACACAAAUAUUCCGGGCUGCUUUGGCAGCUUUGGGCCCGGGCUAAGAAACAAGUAGAAUAGGUACUAAAAGUGCUCUGUUUUUCGCCAAAAACAUUCGUUUAUGAAGUUUGAAGUCAGGUAAAAGUACCUUUUCUGCACCGUUUCAAUUGGCUAGCGGAAGAAAGAGGAUGUUUUUAAAAGGUAUAUAGCGGUGAAUAAACAAACAAAAGAAAAUAAUUGAACAAAAAUCAUCAUCCCUUACAUACCAACCUAAUUUUUACAACUUUUAUGACAAUACAUUUCUGAGAGAAGUAAAGGGUAUUUGGCAGCUGGAGCCAUACUUCCUCAAUUGAAACCAAUAGUUCAGGAUUUGCAGUAUACAAUGCAUUUCAACAGAUAGCAUUAAGUAGAACGUUCGAAUCUCUCGAAUUCAUGAAACAAGUUGCCUUUUAUGUUGCUCGAAACGCUAUAGAAUAAUAAAGAUAACAAUUAGAAAGUAAUAAAAAGACCAUUGAGGAUUAUGAGUCUGGAAAUUGCACUGACGUUAUACCAACCUCUCCAUAUUUAUUCACCGUAAACAUCUAAUGUUAUAAAGCACUACUAAGUAAGUUAAAUAAAAACUGUGAGUAGGAGAAAUUAAGCAAAAGCUGUCUAAUUGGGUUAGAUAUUACUAAAAGAAUGCAAUUCUUAAAAAUCUUUGAAAAGGAGACUGUAUCGCAAUAGCGAUCAGAAUUUAAAUGGCUUUUAAACGCCUUCAACGGUUCAAAGAACUCGCAGUAUUUAAGCUUACUCUUUAAACAUAUUUAUUAGAAACCAGAGGUAAUGGCCAGUAAGAAUUUGAAAGCUUUCUCGGAGGUGAAGUGUCAGUCUGCCUCCAUUUCGAGAUCCUUCUUUACAGAAAUAUAGUGCACUAUAGUUGUCAUUAUCACAAUGAAGUCAUGCAAGCUUCCAUAGCCAAAUCUCGGUCAAACGACUAACGUUAAUUUGAUGGGAAUUAACUAGAUGGUACGUGAAUUUGAGUCUUUCAUACCAAGUUCUCCGGUCUUAAGACGCAAUAUUGAAGAGCUGAUUUUUUUUUCAUUUAAUAUUAGCAUCAUAAUAAGUACAAGAAACUAGUACUGACUCAGAAUUCCAAUAAUCAUCAGUUGACAUAUUCGAUUGUCACAUAAGCAAGUCCACUAAAGAGCUCUAUUGAGGCCUGCCAGGUGCAUUAGCGUACCGACCAUCCACUGUUCGUAGAAUUAAUUCAAUAAUAAAUCAUUGAAAAGCACUAAACAAAAAAGUCCCGGUUAGAGUCCAGCUAUAAUCGAAGUUGAAUUGUAAUACCUCCUUAUGUUCCCCACAAGUCUAAUUGAUUAUCUAGAAGUUAAUGCUUUCAAAUUCGAACGGUAUCUCGAUAAAGUGGAUCAAUUGAUUCCUAUUCUUUGGAACAUAAGUGAUGGCUGCCUAUUUUUAAUGUUCUUUUUUUAACACUUCCAUUGUUUAUUUGCUUCUACAACAUAUUUGAAAAUGUUUCGUGGCUUUUAUAAACUGUCAUUUCAUUACGCAGUGAAAAAAAUUCAUGCCGAAUUCUGGCUCCACAAAUUAUGGUUAUUAUUAUUACAAAAUGGUUCUAGGUGAAAAACAAAUGACUUUCAACGUCUACUUUAGCUGACCUUUUGUUUAUAUUAGAGACAUAGAGAUGGCAUAUAUGAAAAUUACGGGGCUACGGGAUCCAGUGCGCAUAUUUCACGACUUCCAUAUUAUUGUGCUGAGAGACUUCAGUGUCGGAAGUUAUGAAGCACUCUGUGCUAAGGGUUGGCCAAGAAAAGAGUAAAUGAGGUU